GGGCGGCCGCGCAGCGCCGGGCCCAAUCCCGGGCGGGAACCGCGUGUGUUUGUACCGCGUGUGUGUUUGUACCGCGUGUGUUGUGCUUGUCCAAACCAGGGCCCGGGAGGGACCCGCGUGUGUUCGUGUUGUGCUCCACACCAGGGACCCGCGGUCCCGCCCCGGUCUCACCGUCCCUCGCUCACGGGGCCCGUCCUGUGCUCCCUCCGCAGCGCCAGGAAGGGCAGAGUCCAGCAGGAUGCCCGGGGAAGGUGGCUGAAGGCAGCGAUCCUCCUCCUCCUCUCCGCCGCGGCCGGCGGCGGCCUCGUGCUCUGGAGCCGCCUCCGCACCCAGGAUGGGAUCCCCGAGGGUGCAGUCCCUGAAGAGGGGGUCCCCGAGGGUGCAGUCCCUGAAGAGGGGGUCCCCGAGGGUGCAGUCCCUGAAGAGGGGGUCACCGAGGUGCUGGCACAUCGCAAUGACAACCUGCGGGAUAAGUUCGUGGAGAUCCCCUGCUCGGAGGACUACGACAGCCACAAGCGCUUUGCAGGUUGCACUCCUAGGAAGUGUGGAAGAGGUGUGACAGAUGCUGUAAUCACCAGGGAAGAAGCUGAAAGAAUUCGCAGAAUAGCAGAGAGGGGACUGUCCUUGGGAGGAUCUGAUGGAGGGGCAUCCAUUUUGGACUUGCACUCUGGAGCUCUUUCCCUGGGGAAGCAUUUUGUAAAUCUGUACAGGUACUUUGGGGACAAAAUUCAUGACAUCUUCACAGAAGAGGAUUUUGCAUUAUACCGGGAUGUGAGGCAGAGGAUUCAGCAAAGGAUUGCUCAGGUGUUUGGUAUCAGCUCUUCUGCCAUGUACCUGACCAAGCCAACAUUCUUCUCCAGGAUGAACAGCACAGGAGCCAAGACAACACAUGAUGAGUACUGGCACCCACACGUGGACAAGGUGACUUAUGGCUCUUUUGACUACACUUCUCUGCUCUAUCUCUCUGACUACUCCAAAGACUUCGGGGGUGGACGGUUCGUGUUCAUGGAUGCAGAUUCCAACAAGACAGUGGAGCCCCGAGCAGGCCGGGUGUCGUUUUUCACCUCGGGCUCGGAGAACCUGCACCGUGUGGAGAAGGUUCGGUGGGGCACUCGCUUCGCCAUCACCAUCUCCUUCAGCUGCGACCCCGCGCACGGCAUCGGGGACCCGCUGCUGGCCGCCCCCUGAGCCAGGACACGGCCAGGAGCUCGGGGGGAGCCCAGCUGGGGCGGCACAGACCUGCAGCAGGGGAGGAGAACGGGAGAGAGCAUCUCCUGCAACCUCACCUGCGAUUAGAGCUGCCCAGCUGUGGGAACACACCCACGCACGCUUCAUUUUCACAUCUCCUUUCCAUAAACAGUGCAAAUGGUGGCUUAAGGACCUCCUUAAACGUGAUGCAUUCUGGAAGUGGUUUGUCUUCAAGUGCCAAAGAGGCUACAAAGAAAAGAGAAUGGGCUCCACAAAGAAGAGAAAGUGGGCUCUUCCUUUUUUUUAGAUUUUUUUUUUUUUUUUUAAUUCUUCAGUUUGAAAGAUACAAACAAUCUUUUGGGCCAUGCCUUGAUGUGACUCCCCAGGCUGCUGUUCCCUGUUCAGUUCUUUAGUUCCUUCAGGUGCUAGAAAGUCUGACCUGAGUUAUUUAGGCCAGGUGAGUGUUAAUUCUCCAAAAACCACCUGCUGAGAGGGAUGGAUUCUCCUGAGUGUGGGACCUGUGGGGAAUACACCUGGCUUUGGCUACUGGGACUUGAACCUUUUUUUAAAUUUAAUUACUACUGAUUCAAUCUUCAGGAAGUCUCUCAGUAGUUUUUUUUGGACUUCUCUUUUCCAGUUUACUAUGAGAUUUUUCUGUUAAUGAGGACCACUGGUGUUCCCUGAAUGUUGAAUUGCAGGGACUUCAAGAGGAGCCGUGUGCACUGUAACAACCACAUUGCCAAAUACUUAGGGUUUUUUACUGCAGUCAGAGAGUUCUGUGGGUCAGGAUAAAUAAACUGUAGGAAAACCUAAUUUUUUUCUUAAUCAAAUUCUGAAGUAGCCAUGUUGAACUGGUUUAUUACCUGGAUGUAUAAGAUCUGUGAAACUGAAAAUCUGUGAAUGUGCUUUGAUUUUUUUUUUUUAUUUUUUUAUUUAAUGCAUACAGUUUGGACUUUAUAACAUACCCUUUUAUGAAAAUGGUAAGUACUGGGGGAGUGACUGAAGGUCAAUAUAAAGGGGAAUGAUAAGAGUACACUCAGAUGUCUGAGGGCUCUCAUGGGACACACCAAGAUUAGUCCUCUGUAAUUUCAUUUUUUUGUUCUGAAACCUGAAAAAGUCUUCCUUGUCCCUACUAACAAGGGAGAAUUGUUAAAAUGGCUGGGUGCAAGGAAAUAAUAAAGUCACUUGGGUUCCAUAUUGAAACAUUUGUCUUAAAGCCUGUUUCAUCCAAGGAAUUUGCAUUACUCCAUGUUUUAAGUCCGUGGGAAGGCAGACCAAGAUCACCAACAGCUUUACUGGAUUGAAUUUGAUUCCUGCCAUUACCCUGAGAUUUAAAUGUAGGGCUUUUCCCCCAAAGUACCUGAUAGGAAGCUGAGCAUGAAUGGACCUGUGUUUGCUGGUUACUCCUGUCAUGCCAGCUGUGAGUGGCACUUCUGGGACUGCCCUCUGCCAGAUCCUGCUCAACACCAUCAUCUCAGGCCAUGGGGGGGAUCUCAGCUCAUCUCCUCCUGAUUUUCAUCUUUUGAAGAUUCUGUGUCUGGUAAUGACUGCUGCCCAUGGUGCAUCUCCUGCUGGAUGUUCAGAAAUAAAAUCAAGCUGGUGUUUGUCUUUUGGAGUCUUUA